AUGAAUCGAGGGCAUCAAGAAGAAUUGGGGUUAGGUCUUCGCGGUGACAAUGAGGAGAAUAACCAAGAUAACGUGAACAACCAAGAGAACUUGAAUUACCAAGAGGUUCACAUUAAUCUACCUUUGGUUGACAUUUUGCAAGGUAUCCCGAAGUAUGGUAAAUAUGUGAAGGAGGUACUGGCUAACCAGAGGAGGCUCACGGAGUAUGAAACGGUGGCACUUACUGAGGAGUGUAGCUCCAGAAUCCAAAAUAGACUGCCCAAAAAGUUAAAAGAUCCGGGUAGUUUUACUGUGCAGAUUACAAUUAGGCAAAGUGUUCAUGCCCGGGGGUUGUGUGUUUUGGGGGCGAGUAUAAAUCUUAUGCCCUUAUCAUUGUAUAGAAAACUUGGGUUGGGUAGUCCAAAACGAACCACUGUCAUUCUCCAACUCGCUGAUAGAUCCAUUACUAGGCCUGAGGGAGUGGUAGAAGAUGUGUUAGUACAAGUAGGUUCCUUGAUUUGUUCAGUGGAUUUUGUGGUCUUAGAUGUUAAACCCGAUUUUGAAGUCCCAUUCAUUUUGGGACAUCCGUUCUUGGCCACAGGGAGGACAUUGAUUGAUGUAGAAGCUGGACAAUUAAAUAUGAGGGUACAUGAAAAGGUUGAAGUUUGUAGACCACCUAGUAGUAUCGCAAUCAGUUGUGCCCGAGAUCCCUUAGAAAGAGUGUUAGUGGGUCAUGAGGUGGAUGGAGAUACUGAUGCCCAAGAGAUAGAAACAUGUUUGAAUCUGGCACUUGUGGAGACUCACAAGUGUAGAGUAGAGUCAUUAGAUCGUGAGUUAGGACCUCCACCAAAGCCUUCAAUAGAAGAAACUCCCAAGCUGGAGUUAAAAACUCUGCCUGCUCACCUCAGUUAUGCAUUUUUGGGUGCUAAUGAAACUUUGCAAGUUAUACUUUCUGCAGAGUUGUCUGAAAAACAGGUUGAUGCGGCAUUGAGGAUCCUAAAGCAGAGAAAGAAAACGAUUGGAUAG